UUGCAAAAAAUGGCUCUUGCAGAAGCGUUUACCAUUCUCUUCCUGUGCACACUGAUGUCUUUUAGCCAAAGCGCUAUUGUCACCAACCAGACCAUCGUAGAAAUUUCAGGAUUUUCUGAUGUAAUUGAAUCGGCAAAUCCAAGACGAUCUUUGAAUAAUGGCUCUAGAAUUAUUGGUGGUACAAAAGCUGACAUUCUUAAUUUUCCUUACCAGCUCUCCCUGAGGUAUAACGGUUCUCAUUAUGGUGGAGCUUCCAUAAUUUCGUCCACAUUUGCACUAACCACGGCAUAUUGCGUUGAGAGAGGAACAGAUCAAUUGAGUGUGCGAGCUGGCUCGAACCUAUUGAAUGGUGGAAUCGCCUACGUCCGCAGUGCCAGGAGAAUUCUCGUGCAUCCGAGGUGGAACACAACAUCUAAUAUUUUUGAUUAUGAUGUUGCUCUCAUUGAAGUUUCCAAACCAUUCUGCUGGAAGUCUAAUGUUAGGCCCGUGAGGCUUCCACCCUAUGGUUACAUCGUCCCCAGCGAUGAUUUAGCAACUCUUUCUGGAUGGGGACAAACGGAAUCUGGACAAGGUUCUUCUGAACUUCUAUACACUAGAGUUCCUGUAUUGAGCAAUGAAGAAUGCACAAGACUUUGGCCUGCACGCAAUAACAUCACUGACAGGAUGAUUUGUGCAGGAAGAGGAAUACCUGCUGCGUGCUAUGGCGAUGGCGGCGGAUCUUUGGUGGUUAAUGGAGUACUAGUUGGAAUAAGCUCUUUCAUUAUUCGAAAUGGAUGCAGCGGAGGAUACCCUGAGGGAUAUACCAGAGUGGCAGAACAAGACAUCCUCGCUUGGAUUUUGGCCAGCAUCGGCAGUCUUUAAACAAAUAUUAUUGUUAAGAGAGUAUGGUAUCCCAGAUAAUUUCAAUGGUUUAAAUUAAGUAAUUUUGAAAUCAAAUAAUGUUUUAUAAUUACUUUAUUGUAAGCACAACACUCAUUGUACGCAUUGAAAAAAAAAACUUGAACAUCGCUUCAUAAAAUGUAAUUUUAACCAUUUAUAAAUAAAUAAUGUGAAUAGAAAUGAGCAAAAUUAAGUUAAUAAUAGUAGAUUAUAGUGUUGGUAGAAAGCUCUGCUCACUAUCAUCUCAAAAAUUAUCUAAUUUAGCCUAUUUACAAUUAUUAUAAUGUUACAAAUUGAUUAAAAACAUCUUUUUCAAGCACGA